GUGAAUCCGGAGGUGGGUUUUGGCUUUAGGAAAGAGAAAGAGAGAGAAUUUGUAGAGAGAGACGGCGACAAGAGCCAUUUGGUGAGCAGUCCAAGUGUCAAAAAGGACAAACUUUAGCUCAAAUUUUUACUACUACUCCUAUUAUAUUCAAUUCUCUCUCUCUGUCUCUGUGUAAAUGCUAUGACUUUUUUAAUUUCUCUCUCUGGGUUGUUUCUUAAAUUAAAGAUUUAACUGUUCCUUUAAUCCACCACCUAUCUCAUUCUCAUCUUCCCAACCCCUUUUCUCCCCCAUUUGCUCUUUUGUGGUCUCCCAUUUCUUCUCUUUCUGGAGAGAGGUGGUUUGGUUAAUCGGCUUUGGGAAUUCAGGUCCUGACCUUAGAUCCACCUCCCAAAUCUGUUUUCUUUUGGUGGAAUAUUUGAAGGAGAUUGCAUUAUAGCCCUAAUGCAAGGGCAGAGGAGUGGUAUAGGAUCCUUUCCUGGAGCUUUAAGCUAUGAGCAUGGAUCUACAUCAAGUGAUGCGGGUAUUGAUCAGCAGAUUCGCUGGAAUACCAUGCAGAGUUCUGCACAAAAUAUACAACCAAACUAUAUAAGUCUAGGACAGAACUUAAGUGGGUGGAAUGCAGGUGAAUCCAGUUCUAGUUGGACAGAAAAUGUUAACAAUCAUCAUGAACAAAAAGCAGAAUACGGAUGGUCUUCACAGAUGAUUGCUUGUGGAGCAGUUGGUCCAGUGUUAGAACAACAGCAAUAUGAACCAGAUAAUGUUCCUGCACUACACAAUGCUAGCGUAAACCGUAGCAGCAAUCUGAUACCAAACACACCGUUAUUUGUGCAAAAUUUGAGUAAUGCUAUUUCUCAGGAUCUGAACAUGAGUGCAGGAUUUGUAGGAGAAGGCAGUGAUGAUCUUCAGAUGAUGGACUGGUCGGAUGAACCAGAAGUUUCGCAGUUCCCGUUUGCUAGUACUUCUGAUUCUUUUCGGGCGCCAUCUGAAAGAAAUGCAUUUUUUGUGGAAGAAGAUGAUGCAAGGCCUUCGCAUUCCCUGGAUGGUCGCCGCUCUUCCUGUAAGAGAAAGGUUAUUGACCGAAAUACUGGACAAUCUUCUAUAAGUGGAAGUUCGAGCUGCUUUCAGCAAGCAGAAAGUACCGGUAGGUAUAAUGCCGGAAGUGGCUUAAGUAUAUCUUCCCCAUCAGGAAACAUUGUUGCUGCUUCUGAAAGUCCUCUUGCUUUAAAUCUGGCCAGAAGUGCAGAAAGGUCCCAGAGAAAUUACCGUGGGCGAAUAAGUCCGUCACGUCAACAAGAUUCUGUACCUAUUAAUGUAUUUCCAAUGGGGAACACGGUCGGGCAUUCUAAUGUUGCGUCACAGCAGCAGUCGUCAAGACUUGUUCCCCUAAAUAAUUCUUUGCAAAUGAGGCCACUAUCUGCAGCAGACAACACUAGUUCUCAAAUGCAAUCUUCUGUUGUGCAUGUUCCUGCUUUUCGGCCAUUUCCCCGUUUAUCUAGGUCGAACGGAGGUUUUCUUCCAAGUGGCAGCCAUGCAUCAGGUUCUGGAGAUGCUGUGUCAAAUGAGGAAUCAAACUCAAGUAGUGUGCCGAGAAACGUUUCAGAACAUCCUAUGUUUAUACCUGCAAAUGAUAUGACAAAUUCACCUGAAAAUGCUACUAAUUGGAGUUUAUCUGCUGGAAAUACAAGUAUUGCUGGAAAUGUUGCUUCUACUUCUCGAGUUGGUUCUGGUUCACGCUUUCAUCAAUUUUCUGGUCCUAAUAGGGUUCCUCAUCGCAACCCUCCUCAAUAUCCUAGGAGAUUAUCAGAUUUAGUUCGGCGAUCGUUGUUGUCUUCUGCUGAUGCUGCAUCUGGACUCCAAAGCAAUAGUCAUCCUUCCUUACAAGAAAUGGAACUUUCAUCUGGAGAGAGUAACCAAGGGCAUUCUUUGUCUCGCUCUCGGGGAGCAAUAUCGUUGGAUAGACAACUUGAAGGUGCUUUAGGAAUGCCCCACUCUUUACGAACUUUGGCCGCUGCCAGUGAAGGAAGAAGCCGGCUUGUAUCUGAGCAGAUUCGCGGUGUCUUGGAUCUUAUGCACAGGGGCGAGGGCUUGCGAUUUGAGGAUGUUAUGAUACUUGACCAGUCGGUCUUUUUUGGGAUGGGCCAUUCUCACGAUAGGCACAGGGACAUGCGGCUUGACGUCGAUAACAUGUCUUAUGAGGAAUUAUUGGCGCUGGGAGAGCGCAUUGGUAAUGUGAGCACCGGUUUGAGUGAAGAAAAGAUUUUGAAAGGUCUUAAGCAACGGAAGUACUACUCCAUCACACCGGUUUCACAGCUGGAGAGGGAACCAUGCUGUGUAUGUCAGGAGGAAUACAACGAAGGAGAAUACAUUGGAACGCUGGGCUGCGGGCAUGAAUUCCAUGCAACUUGCAUAAAGCAAUGGCUAAUGCACAAGAACUUGUGCCCCAUUUGUAAAACAACAGCCAUGAAUACCUGAAAGAAGAACAAUUUUUCGGAGGCUAUUCUAUUACCCUCCUCCAUCAAGAAGUAGACGGAGCUGUGGAAAUAAGUUGUGUGACAGAUUCUGUAUUUCUCAUUUACCUAAUCUCUUUAUGUUCAUCUCCUUUGCGGAGAACUUAUGAAUUACUAAAGAAGUAGAACCAGCUUCUUUAAAAUUUGCGUCAGAUUACUUAGUUUAUUGAUUGACAUCAUUUGGCAGAAUAAA